UUUUACUUUCAUCUCCCUUUGGACGCCGCAACAAGCCAUGGAGCGCCAAAGCUGGCUCAGCCAGCUUCUUUACACCGGGGCAGCGGUGGGAGGUGCUGCUUGUGCAGCUGUAGCAGCAAGGAACCUGCAGCGAGUGCUGCGUGCACGAUCGCGGAUCAAGGUGCUUCUAGCAGCUUCAGCUGGCACGGAUGCGCGAGUGGUGAUUACCGGGGCCACUGGGGGCAUUGGACAAGAACUGGCGGAGCAGCUGCUGCGUAAUCCUUCGGUGCACCUGCUCUUGGGCUGCCGAGAUCAUUUGAAAGCCCAACGGCUCUUUCAAUCCUCUGAGCGGACGAAGGUCCAUCGCUUGGACCUCUUGGAUCCCGAUUCCGUGCAAGCCUUUGCCGACGAGGCGCACCUGUUCCUUGCGGGUGGUGAAAGUGGACUGAGGAUGCUGGUGAACAAUGCCGGUGUCAUGCGACCACCAGUGAGUCAAAGUAAAGGUGACAGCACGUGGCAGACCAACUUCUUGGGCCCGUUCUUGCUGACCGAGUUGCUCGCUCGCUUGAGGCAGAAGCAGCAACCCUCUCCAGUCAGGGUCGUCCACGUCUCCAGUCGUUUGGAGAAGAGAUCGCAGCUGGACCAUCACCUGCUGGACGCAGUCACUCGGGGCGAGGUGGGGGAGAACCCCUAUGCGGACUCCAAGCGAGGCUUGAUGCUCUGGACGUCCGUGCGGGCACAAAGCUUGGCCUUUAAGGGCGGCCUCUUCUGCCAUGCAGCGUCACCGGGCAUCGUGGACUCCGACCUUGGAAGGCAUGUUGUUCCAGCAUGGCUUUGGCCUUUUACCAAGCCCCUGCGCAGCUUGGUCGGAUGGCUGCAGAAAAGAAUGCUUCUGAUGCGCUCCCCAGCGGAAGGGGCACUUGCAGUGGUGGGAGGGGCGUUGACGCCUCAAGCCACCAGCUGUUUUGGACGCUACUGGGACGGCGAGGCCCAAGUGGAAGAUCUGGUCAUCGAACGCAUGGGUAACAAGCAGCUGGCCCUUUCCUUGGUGAAAUGGGCCACCAAAGCCACCGCCCUGGAGCAGCGGGCUGACGGCUACGACCGCUAGAAAGAAAGAAAAAAAUUCGUCCGUGCCGC